AUGGCCUACAAUUGGGAUGGUGCUCUCACACCCAGCAAAGCCAAUGAUUGGGGUCUUAGGGAGAUGCCUUGUUGGCCGAGUUUCAUUGCGCCUGACGGCCCUGGCUUUCCUUUGUUGACCAACGACAUGUGUAUCUUGCGAGCUACUCAGAUUCGACGACGCAACGAACUCGAAGAUGAUGAGAUCAUUCAGAUAAUCGAGGAUGGCUUUGCAGUCAGCGGCGAGAACACCACACGUCGUCUGACUGAAGAUGAAAUCAGCGACAAUGUUGAACUCAUUCACUGCCAGGACUCAACCUGCGAGGAAGAGAUUGAGGCCCUGGUGAUGAGGACAACGAAUAUAUCUUCAUUCCUGGUAUUGAUCCACCUUUGCCUACUCAGUUUGUACCUCACCGGCCCGCAUCUAACACGGAUGCCAAGCCAAUAG